AUGUUCACCUCUUGGGUCCACAACAGGGUUCAUUCUCCGAUAGGGAUUAACUUCCCGAAGACAAUCUGGGAUAUUUUCUCGCGGCGUGGGUUUGGCUAUUUAUCGAUUUCCUGGGAGGAAAUCACCGACAAUACGGCGCAUGAGCGGGACCCCGCAUCUACCCCAUGGGGUUUUGAUCGGUGGAUGCUUGUUAUUAUUAUAUCGCAAUGGGUCGGUGAUGAUUUUGUCAGGGUGACGGCACUCACUCUUGGAAUUAGAGCCAGCAGCGCGGCACAAGCGCCCCCUGCUUUUAAACCUCACGCUGGUGUGCGAGUUGAGUCUGAGAUACCGACUCUUACCGGCCUAUGGAAAACGGAGAGCAGUUACAAGGAGUGCAACCAAAGUGACAGCGAUGAAAGCGAAGAAAACCCCCCCAAAUCGGUAUCGCAUUUCUUUUGGGCAGCUAUUUUCAUCGGAUUGAUAGCGUUCGGCGCCCUCCUUAUAGUCCUUGCCCCGAAAAAUUGGCUUCGGGGAAACUCAUGCGUGUUCGCGUCAGGUUCGAAAGAAGUGUCAUCGUCACCGCAACAACAAAACGAUGAGGAUCUUGUUAUGGACUGUGGAAAGACACGCGCAGAGGCAGUUGCUCGCGGUUGUGUCUUAGAUAUUAUGGGGGCGGCAUGGCUUCCCCAGCUGUGCUAUGACAAGGAGCUUGCUGAAGAAUCUGUAUCGCCAGAUACAGAGCUAGCGAAGGUUGGAGGUUCCGGAAUAUCCCAGUGGUGGAGGAAUUACAAUCGUACCGUUGAAAUCUCUCAAGAUCGGCUCCAAUAUCUCGAUGAUCUGGUGGGAUAUACCUGGGAGGAAUUCCAUGUGGCACAUUGCUUGUACGAUUGGCGAGCACUGGUCAAAGCGGCGAAACGGAUUCGAAAAGGUGAACGGAAUGUUGAGGUCAUUGCCAACCAAGAUCACCGAGCUGGUGCGACGGCAAAGGUCGAUUUUGCACUAGGGAAAUGCGUACGACUAGACAUGUAUUAG